UCCGGCUCGGCUUCGGAUGUUGUCACGAUGUCGCAUCCGAGCUUGCACCCGCACGCCGCCUUCGCCGCCGCCGUGGCCGGCCAGCUGCGGGCAGCCGCCGCCGGCGCCGCCACCGCGCCCACCACCCGCGUGGCGGCGCUGAUGGCGGUGCCGGGUCCGCCGCCGCCCGCCGGCGCCAACGCCAGUGUCGUGGCGGCGGCGGCCGGCGUGGUGCUGCUGCACCUGCAGGUGUCGGCUCUGGCGCCCGCGCCCUGGAUCGAGACCGGCCUCCUCACCGCCGCACUGGCCUCGCCGCCCGCCGCCGCCGCGCUGCCGCCGGGCGCCUCCGCACCGCAGCUGCUGGGGCAAGUCGCGGCCGCCAGCCGGGCGGUGCCGCAGGGCUACUUCGCCGUCGGCGCCGGCGCCGCCGCCACCGCUGACGGCGUGCCGCCGCAGGUGGUGGUGGCGGGCAGUGCGGACAUGACCAUCAACGUGCUGGACACAUAUGUGGACGCCGGCGCCACCUGCGCCGACUCGUUUGAAGGCGGCGCGCUGCCGCCCUCCGCCCUGGCAGUGGCACUGCCCGCCGCCCUCACCGGCGCCGGGCCCAGCGGCACCGGCGCCCGCGCCACACCGCCCGGCGCCCCCGCCCUCGUCGUGUACGGCUGUGCCGACGCCGCCGGUCUGGCGGCGGCGCCUGCCGUACGUCGGGUGACGGUGUACGACCCGUGUCAGGAGCGGGGCGAGGCCACGUGCGAGGCCGGGGCGGCGGCGGGCGGGUGCAGUGUGGGCGGAAGCUGCGAGGCGGCGCUGGCGUCCUCCUUCGCCGCCGCCGCCAGCAGCGCCAACACCACCACCGCCGGCCCCACUGCGCUGCGCUCCGCGGCGCUGGUGGACACCGCCCCGCCCGUCAUCACGCUGCUGGACCCGCCCAGCCCCUACCGCCCCGGCCAGGACUACAGCACCGGCGGCGGCGGCGGCGGCGGCGGCGGCGGCGCCCCCAGCGGCUUUGCGGCCGGCGGCGCCACGGGGCGCAUCACCUACAUCCUGGCCGCCACACCCUUCACCGACCCCGGAGCCACCGCCUACGACGCUGUGGACGGCGACGUCACCGCCAACCUGGCGCGCAGCCUGCCUCCGGGCGCCGCCUCGCUGGACACGCGGGUGCCGCGCGGCGAGGCCGACCCCUGGCUCCUCACCUACCAGGUGGCGGACAGCGCGGGAAACAGGGCCGUGGCCUUCCGCCGCGUGGUGGUGCUGUGCCCGCCGGGUGAGCGCGCGUGCGACCCCGACGAGACUGAGGACGGCCUCGCCGCCUGCAGCAGCGGCGGCGGCAUCUGCGGCGUGGCGCCCACAACGCCCAUCACCACCACCACCACCACCACUUCCACCACCACCACCACGACCACAAUCGCCACCACCACCACCGCCCCAGCCAGCGGCGUCUCCUCCAGCGGAGUGGCGGCGGUCAACACGCCGCCCACGCUGCAGCUGCAGGGCAACCCGGUGGUGGCGCUGGUGGCGGGUGCCGCCACCUACGCCGCCUGCACGCCGCGCUCGGGGCAGCUGGAGCUGUGCGACCCGGGGGCCACCGCCAGCGACGAGGAGGACGGCAACCUGAGUCCGCUGGUGCGCGCCUGUGGCUCCCCCUUCGGCGCGCCGGGGGCCGGCGGCAGCCUGGCAGGCUGCGGCGUCAGCAGCGCCGUGCCGGGCACCUACGCCCUCAACUUCAGCGUGAGCGACAGCGCGGGCGCCGGAGCCUGGGCGGUGCGGCUACUGCGCGUGUGCCCCAGCGAUGAGGUCGUGUGCGCCGACAACACCUGCUCCGUAGACGGCGUGUGCUCGGGCGGCCUGGGAGCCACCAGCUCCUCCUCCGGCGGCAGCGGCGGCAGUAGCAGCAGCGGCGGAAGUGGGGGCAGUAGCACCACCACUACUGACGCCGGCAGUAGCAGCAGCGGGGGCACGGGCAACGCUGACAGCUCCUCAACCUCCUCGAGCGGCAGCGGUGGAAGCAGCUCUGGCAGCAGCAGCAGUAGUAGCAGUAGCAGCAGUAGUAGCAGUAGCAGCUCUAGUAGCAGUAGCAGUAGCAGCACCAGCACUGCCCAGGCAGUGUCGGACGCUCCAACGCUGGUGCUGGUGGAGAGUGAGUGGGUGCGAGGCGGCGUGAAGCUGCCGCGCGGCACGCCCUACCGCCUGUGCUCGGAGCCGGGUGCGCCGGCGCCGUCCGCCGACUCGCCGCCCUGUGACCCGGGCGUCAGCGCCACCAACCGCCUGGGCGCUAACAUCACCGACCAGGUGUACGCCUGUCCGCCGGACAACUGCUUCCUCAGCGGCGUGGGCUGCAGCGGCCACGAGUUCUGGAAGAAGGGGCUCAGUGGCUGCGUCAACGCCACAGCAAAAGUGGGCUCCCAGCCGCAGCAGGUGCUGUUCGUGGUGUUCGACAAGUGGGCCCGCACCCCCCGCGUCACCGCCGCUCGCGACAUCGCCAUCGUGUCGCCCUGCACCACCGCCGCCGCGCCCUUCUACUGCGAGGAGGAGAACGUGUGCUCCGCAGCGCCCUGCGACGCACGCCGCUCCCUUCUAUCCAGCGCCGCCGGCACCGCCGCCGCCGCGGCGGCGGCGGAGCGCGCACAGGGCCCGCAGCUGUUCCUGGUGGACGGUGAGGAUGCGACGCGUCGGCCGGCGGCCGCCGCCGCCCUGGCGGCGGCGCUUACAUCGGCCGCAGUGCUGACAGACGCAGCGUCGGCGGCCGCCGCCGGCGUGAACGGCACCGUGGGACCGUUGCUGUACAGCAGCCCGGCGGUUAUGACGGUUACGCUGCCGUACGGCCGGCCGGCGCCGUACUCGUUGCUGCCGUGUGGAAGUGUGGCGGCUGCGCUGUCGGGCUGCGGCGCGGUGGCGGCGGACGCCACUGACGGCGACCUGUCAGCCUCCAUUACGGUGGCGCCGGUGUGUAUCAACACCACCGCCGCCGCGCUGCCCGGCGCCACCGUGACCAGCUCCCUCCUCUCAGGCAGUAGCGGCAGCGGCAGUAGCGGCAGUAGCGGCGGUAGUGGCAGUGGCGGCGCCGCCGACUGCGCCGCCUGCUCCGCCGACGCGCUGUCCGCCGGUACCUGCGCCCCCGGCGCCUACGGCCUGCGCUACACAGCCACUGACAGCGACGGCAACACCACCUCCCUGCUUCGGCGGGUGGUGGUGGAGGAGCGCGCGGCACUCAGCCUGCAGUUCACCUUCAGUCUGCUGCUGCCGCCGCUGCCCGCACCGCCGCCGUCGCCGCAGCCGCCUUCGCCACUGCCAGGGCUGCCGCCACUGCCGCCGCUGCCUGGGCUGCCGCCGCGGCCGCCGCUGCAGCCGCCCAACCCCGACGGCAUGAUCCCCCCGCCACAGCCGCCCACGCCGCCCUCGCCCUCGCCGCCCUCGCCAGAGCCGCCGGCGCCAGAGCCGCCGGCGCCCUACCCUGCGCCCUACCCCCCUCCUGCUGGCACGGCAAACGGAAGUUCAACAGGUGUGCUGCCGGUAGACGAGGGGCCGCUGGCGGCGUUGGCGCGCGCGGCGGCGGCCGCCUUCGCGGCCCGUCUGACGGGCGUUGCGGCGGCAGUGGCUGCGGCGGCUGUGUGGGACCCUGCUCUCACUGAGUCGGAUGCAGAGUUGCGGGGCCAGCUAGCUGCAGCCUACCUGCCGCAACUGGGUGUGGCGCUGGAGGCGGUGCGGGCCGUCAACAUCACUUCCGUCACGGUCGCAUCCGUCAACUCCAGCGCCGCGCCCCCAGGCGCCGACUACGGUGCAGUCCUGUCGGCCACCCUGGACCUGCGGCUGCAGGUGCUGGUCGGCCUGCCCACAAUCGGCAGUAGCAGCGACAUCGGCAGCAGCGGCAGUAGCACGGGGGCAGAUGCGCCGCCGCCGCCAGCGUCGGCGUCUGCGGGCGGGCGGCGCCGCCGCGCGCUGCGGGAGCGGCUGUGCCUGCCCACCCCGCUGCCGCCGCCGCGCGAGUGCGCCGCCAUUCCCGCGCCGGCGGCGGCGUCGCCGCUGGCCCAGCUGCGGCGCAGCAUUGCAGAGGCAGUGUCGGCCGCCGCCACGCCAGUGCCAGAGCUGGUCCCGCCGCCGGCGCGGCGGCGGCUGCAGCCACUGGCUGACGGACCGGCUGUGGCAGGUGGCGGAAGUGCGGUACAGCUGCAGGGACUGCCCGCGGAGGCGCAGAUGCUGGCGGCGCUGCUACAGCCGACUGCUACAGCUGGUGCUGCUACUGCCGCCAGCCCCGGAUCGCAGCUGCACCUGGUGCGCCGCUCUCUGUCUGCACAGGGCGGCGGCCCGGCAGCCCUCGGAACGGACGACGACCUAGGGGAAGCCGACGACUAUGCAAUGGAGCCGUCGCUCAUGCUGCCCGCCACCAGAAGCAGCAGUAGCAGCAGUAGCAGCAGCGGCGGCAGUAGCGGUGGCAGUAGCAGCAAGGGACGCGAGGCGCUGGCGGCGCUGGGUGCCGUGGCGGCGCAGCUGGCCGGGGCCUUCGAGGCGACCGAGGCGGGUCUGCGGGCGCACGCGGAGCAGCUGCACCUGGCCGCCGCUGCCACCACCGCCACUGCCGCGGUGGCGGCGCGCCGGCGGCUGGGUGCCGAACCCGGCUCCGCCGCCGGUCGCAGCUCUGGCGGCGGCGUGCUGAGCACACGUCCUGUCUUCCGUAUCCUCCAGACCGCCGCCACCACCUCCACGACUGCCGCCUGCGGCGCCGUCGCGUCCUCCCUUGUCGUGAACCUUCCCCCCGACACCACCGACAAUUCCACCACCUCCUCCUCCUCCUCCGCCUCCGCCGCCUCGCCUUUCGGGCCGUUGCUGGCCAUCGGCUCCCCAAACGUGUCCUGCACCACGCCCUCCCUGGACGCCACGGCGGCGGCCCUGGCGGCGCUGGCGGGCGUCGCGGGCGCCAUGACCGACCUGGCGGCGCAGGUGGCGGCGGCGGUGGCGGCGGCGGGCACCACCGUCGGCGGCAUUGACAACGUGGAGGGCGCCGACGACGCGGCUGUGCAGGCCACUUACACGGCGCUGCGGGACGCCGCCGCCUCCGCCUUCUCCACCACAAGCGCCAAGGCCGACACGCUGCUGCUCCUGCUGCAGCAGACCCUGGCGGCGCAGGCCGCAGUCGCCGGCGCCGCGGAUGCCGCCGCCCUGGCCAUGGCUGUAGCGCUGGCGGAGGCGGAGGCUGUAGCAAGCCGCGCCGACCUGACGGCGGCUGUGGUGCUCGACGGCCUAGCGGUGGGCGGGCUGGCGCCUGACCCUGACAGCGCCGAGUGGAGGGCGCUGGACACGUGUCUGCAGGAGCGCGGCAGCCUACGCGGCUUCCGGGCGUUGUUCGGGGUGGGGCCCGCGGCAGCGGCGGCGGUGGCGGCGGCGUUCCCGCCGCCGCCCUCCGUCCUGGCGCCGCCGCCGGCGGCAGCUGCCGUGACAGCGGCGACUGCGGGCCAACGGCGCGCCGCGCUGGGCGCCGUGUCCGAUGACGAGGCCGAAGUGCAGGUGGUGGAGGCAGUUGAGGCGGAGCAGCGGUACGCGGCGGCGGCGGCCUCGGAGCCAGACGACCAGGGCCGGCGCGGUGCCGGCAGUCGGGACGACGGCGGGGUGGUGAGCGCGGUGGGCUGGUGGCUGGGCGGCGCGGUCCGCCGUGCGCUACAGCAGACCGCCGCCUCAACCGCCUCAACCGCUCCAACCGCCACAACCGCCGCUAACGGCAAGCUGUACAACGGCUACCGGCUGUUUGGCAACAACCUGAUGCGGCUCGAGUACAGCCUGUCAGACCUGGUGCACACGCCCGUGCCCACCCGUACUCUGGGUUCGUCUGGUUCCGCCGUCAUCGCUGGUCUGUUCCUCUACCAGACCAGACUUCCAACGGCCUCCCAGAUGGAUGCGUACGGUGGCUGUAGCUGGGCCAAGGGCCGCUUCUCGGGCCGGCUGGCAGCGGCGUGCGCUCCCGGCUACAGCCGCACCCUCACCAGCAACCUUGCUGCAGCUGCCGCCGCCGCCAACGGCAGCACCAACAGCAGCGGCAGCAGUGGCAGUAGCACGCGCGGGGGAGGUGGCAUCGGCAUUGACCCGGUGUUUGUCCGCCGUUCCCAGCUGUACCGGUCCGACCUGGCGUCUGAUCCGGGGGCAUACUACAACGCCAGCGAGGGGGCGGGGCAGCUCAACCCCAACGGCGUGCCGUACGGGUUCGUGCCGUCGCCCGUGCCGCUGCCCGGCUUUGACCGGGGCGAUGAGGAGCUGCGCCGCCGCGGCUACCCGCUGCUGUUGGACGCGGGCAUGAGUCAGCGGCGGGCUCAAGAGGCGCUGCUGGCGCUGGGUGAGGGGAGCUACCUGGACCCGGCGCUGACGGAGAGCCUGACGGCCCGCCUGGUGGCGUACUGCCCGGAGCGGCGCGUGUUCGGCCUGGCGCGCGCCGCCUUCGCCUGGGGCCCGGGCGGCGUGGUGCAGGGCCGCGUGGCGGUGCAGGGGCUGCCCGCAGUCAACUGGCGGCUGGCGGUGCAGGCCAACGCCACGCACGACAUCAUCCCCGACAUACUCAUGGUGGCGCUGGUGGGGCUGUACGGCGCCCUCACGCUGUACGACGUGUACCGCAGCCUGCAGGACCAGCGCCGCCGCCGCAAGGAGGCGCGCCGCAUGGCCCGCCUCCAGGCCAAGGGCGUGUCGGGCGCCGGCGGCGGCGGCGCCACCACCGGCCCGGGGGCCUUUGGAUCCAUGACCGGCCCCAACCCCUUCCCUGGCGCCGGUGGUGCUGGUGCUGGUGGCGGCGGCACGAGCGGCUCGGUCACGUCCCGCGGGCCCCGCAGAAUGUCGUUCCUUGUGCCGCCUGGUGGCGGUGGCGGCAGCCUGGCGCGGCCUUCAACCCCCGCCAGCCGUUCUUUCGCCGCCGGCCUGGCCGGCCGCAACCGCGUCGCGUCCAGCUCGGGGCCGCACCCCAACCUGCUGGGUGUGGGGCUGGCGCUGGGGCGCGGCAGUGUGGACUCAGGGCCGGCGCCUUGGCUGCUCAGUGACGAUGACGAUGACGGCAGCCACCGCGGCGGACUCGCCAUUGGAGAGGGCACGGAGCGGGAGGAGGGUGCGGAGGACAGGGGUGCUGCCGGCGGCGGCGGCGGCGGCGGCGGGUAUGACCCGGCGGUGGUGGCGGCGGUGGCGGCGGCGGCCUCGGCGCCGCUGCAGCACAGGGUGAGGCAGCCGUACGGCGGCAGCGGUGCGUACAGCAGUGGUAACACCUCCGAGUACGGCGUCAGCGGCGUAAGCGGCGUCAGCGGCAGCUUGGGCGGCCCGAGCGGCCCCGGCGGUCUCGCCAGCGGUCCCGGCACCCGUGCCCCCGCGCCGCAGUGGUUGGACACCACCCCCACUGCACUGGCCGCCGCCGCCGCCGCCGCCGCCGCCACCGGCGCCUCAGCUCCCGGCUUCAGCCUCCGCGGCGGCGAGCUGCACCCCGGCUCGGGCCCGUCAUUCGCCGGCGGCGCCGGCCCCUCACGUGUCUGGUCCGCCCACCGCCUGGCUGCCGGCGGCGCCGCCGGCGGCGCCAGCCGCCACAACACCCGCCGCAGCAUGCAGCUGGACCCGGGCGGCGUCACGGCCAGGGCGGUGAGCUUUGCCGCCGCAGGCGCCGCCGCCGUCAGUGAGCCGCCGCUGGACAAGGCGGCUCUGAUGGCGCGGGCGGAGGCGGACGCGGAGGAGGGCGAGGAGGUGGAGGUCCACGGCCGCAAGAUCCGCAAGUACCGGCCGCGCGUGACUCUGUUCUGGGGCCUGUACGAGGCGGCGCUGUCGGGCGUCAUGGCGGCGGCGGUGGCGGUGCUGCUAACCUACUCGCUGAGGGUGGUCAGCAGGGCGCCGCAACAGGCCUACUAUGACGUGUACGACGCCGUUGCAACCGCCCCCGCCAACUACUUCCUCCUCAAACGCUCCAUAACCGUUAACGACACAACCGUCACAACCACCACCAACGACACAAGCACCACCCCAACCACUUUUAGCGCCGCCAACGACACAACCACCGCGGCGGCGCUGGCGGCGGCGGCGGCGGGCCGGCUGCUGCCGGGCGACGCGGGCCGCUGGGCGCUGCCUGCUGACGUCAGCGGGCUGCAGCAGCUGUCGUACAUGUACGAGCAGAUGGACGUGAUGUACGACACCUGGGUGCUGUACGGCGUGCUGCAGGGGGUGGUGCUGGUGCUGCUGCUGCUGCGCCUGGUGCACCACCUGUCCUUCCAGCCCAGGCUGUCCGUCAUCUCCGGCACGCUGGCCCGCAUGCUGCCCGACCUGGUCGCCUUUGUGGCGGUGCUGGUGGUGUGCCUGCUGGGCUUCGCCGCACUGAUGGCUGUGCUGUGGGGGCCGGCGCUGCCGCAGCUGGACAGCGCGGCGGGCGCCGUCACGUGGGCCAUUGGCUACUUCAUGAACGGCGCGGGCGUGGGCGAGGCGGAGCAGGUGGUGCAGGCGGUCAUGGACCCGUCCAUGCAGCCCAACUGGCUGUACACGGUGUUUGCCUGGCUGGUCACCAUGGCCGCGCCCCUGUUCUUCGUCUACACACUCGCCAACUUCAUCAUGGGCAUCCUGGCCUGGCCCUUCUGCUCCCUCAAGAUGGCCAACCAGCACGAGCCGCUGGCCUCCACCGAAAUCGCCACGCUGCUCAGGUGGUGGGCGCAGCACUGGGUGCGCGCCGCGCCGCGCAACAAGGCCAUCCAGCUCCACAUUGAUCGCAUCACGGCGCGGCGGCCGCGCGGCGGCGGCGGGCCGGGCCAGUGGGCGGCGCGCAUGCGGCAGUCGUUCGCGGCGUCGUUCGCCAACGCCGAGGCGCUGAGGCGCAAGAUCGGGCAGAGCGUCGCCGCCGCCGGCCGCGCCUCGGUUGCCUACAAGACCAUGGUGGUGGAGGUGGGCGGCCAGCAGCUGACGGCGCCCGAGGUGGAGGCAGCACUGCGACUCCUGCGGGCCGACAUGCGGCCGCCCAGGAACCCCGCCCGGGCAGGCGGCAGCGGCAGCGGCAGCGGCUGUGGCGGAGCAGCCGACGCUGCGGCUGCGGCUGCGGUUGCUACAGCCGCAGCCAGUGCGGGCGCUGCUGGCGGCGGCGGGGCCAUCACGCGCAGGGAGCAGAUGCGCCGCGCGCUCGCAGCCGCCAACCCAACGGCGUGGCUCCGUCGCAAACGCCGCGCCGGCGCCGGCGGGGACGAGUCGGAAUCCCUCCAUGACAUCGCCUGGGCUGUCGGCAGUAGCACCAUAGACCGCAUCGGCCUUGACUUCGACGUGGCUGCGACUGGCGCUGCUACUGCGCCUGAGGACGGCACUGACCAGCCGCCAGCCACUGCUACAGCCGCCGCCGGCAGUAGCGGCCGCAAGCUGACGCAGGGCGAGGCGGCGGUUCUGUUGGAGCGGUUGGUGGCGGCACACCUGGUCCGGCGGCUGGGCGAGGUGGCGGUGCGGCAGGGGGAGGUGCAGCCGCUGCAGCAGUCGCAGGGCGCAGGUGGGCAGGGCGACGCGUCGAGGCGGCGUGCGAGCAUGCAGCUUGGGACAGGGGGCGCGUCGUGGCGGGGCGGCGAGGCCUCGACACGGGGCUUUGGCAGCGCCGGCGGCUCGGGUGCCGUGGAGGCUGGGCACACGGCGCGCCGCCGCGGCAGCAGCAGUAGCAGCGACAGCAGCUCGGACGGGGGCGAGGGCGCCGCGGACGCGGCUGCUGCUACUGCCGCCACUGGCGUGCUACUGCCGGCGGGCGCCGCCAUGGCCGAUGCCGAUGAUCUGUUGGUGGGCGGUGGCAGUAGCGCGCCGCCGGGCGCCGCCGGCGCGCUGGCGGCGCGCUCGCGUGCGGGCAGCUACAGCCGCGGCCCCGGGAUGCCUGGCCCGGGUCUGGAAGGUCUGGGCCUGGGUGGUGGCGCCACGGGUGGCAGCGGCGCUGCGGGCGGCGCGACGUCAGUGGGAGGCUCUCGCCGCGGCCUGACGCUGCCGCCGCUGCGGCUGUCAGGCAUGGGCAGUCCGGGCGGCAGCGGCGGCGCUGGUGGGCCGGGUGCUGGUGAUAGCGUUGGCGGCUUGCCGGGCUCAGAGGCCGGCGAUGCCGCAGGCAGCCCUGGCGGCUUGGUCCCUGUGUCGGUUGUGUCACCACCGGGAGUGCCUGACAACAUCAGCCCUGCAACCACUGGCCCCGUCGACACCUCCGCCCUUGGCGGCGCCGCCGCCACUGGCGCCGGCGGCUCGCAGCCGCCGCCCGGGCUGCCGCCGCUGCCGCCCGCCAUCUCCGCCGUUGCGGCGGCCUCGCCGUCAGGUCGCAUGCGCAAGACGCGCCUCAGCGCAGUGACAUUUGGCGACCAAGCCCCCGGCGGCGGCGGCGGCGGCCUGUCGGUGAGCCGCCUGGCGGCGGGUCGGCUCAGCGCCCGCCAGCACGCCUCAGGGGACGUGUCGUGGCUGCCGCACGUCGAGGCCGCCGGCGGCAGCCCGGCCGGGGCCUCCGGGCUGUCGCCUCGGCCCUCCGACGGCGGCGCUCCGGGCACCACUGCCGGCGCUACGGAGGACUCCAUGGCUGCGCUGCUGCGCCGCCGGCCGUCCUCUGCCUCUUCUGCGGGCCAGGACUCCCGCCGCAAGAUGUGGUCCAGCAGCCCAGGCAUAUCACCCACCGGCUCCGCAGCGGCAGCGGCGGCGGCGGCGGCUGCAGCCGCUGGCGCGGCUGCUACAACCGGUGCGGCUGGCGGCGCUGCUGGUGCGGCGCCCUCCGCUGCGCUGCGGGCGCCACAGCUGCGGCCGCCGCCGCUCAAGUCCUCCUCCGCGCCGCAGCCCAUGAACACGCACCUCGGCGGCGGCACGAUGGCGGCGGCGGCGGCAGCAGCGGCCGACGCCGGCGGCGAUGCGGCCGGUGCUGCCGCCAAUGACCGGGAGUCACCGGCCCUCGUGGCGCAGCUGCGGAACCUGCUGGCAACACUGGGCGGCGGCGCACAGCCUGAGGGCGUGGAGGCGCCGCCACCGCUGCCGCCGCCGUCCCGCAGCGCCUCCCGCAACGCCUCCCACCGCCCCACCUCCGCUGGCUCCAACACCUCUGCCUCCACCACCACCACCGCUGACGUCAACUUCUGGGCGCCCUCCGCCCUCGCCAGUACUGGCGCCGCUGGCGGCGCCGCCGCGCCUCCGCCCCCGGCUGACGGCGGCGCGCCGUUCAGCGCCGCCGACAACCCAAUGUACGGCACCAGUGACGGCGGCGCCGCCGUGGCGGCAGCGGCGGCGAGUGGGCUGUCGCCGCGGCCGGCGGGAGACGACGCACUCCGCGCCGCCGCCGGCUUGUCGCCGUCGCCCAUCCGCGUGUCUGCCUUUGGGGCCGGCCGUGGCAGCGGCAGCGGUGGCGGCGGCUCUGAGUCGCCCACGGCGUCGGGCGCGGCAACGGCGGCUGCGGUGGCCGGCGCUGGGUCGGACCAGGAGGGCGGCGCCGCCUCCGCCGCUUCCGGCAGUCCCCGCGCUCCAGCCGGGCUGGACGGCGACGGGGGCCCCUUCGCCGCCGCCGCCGCAUCAACCAACCUCGCUGACGGCACCGUCGAUCCAGCGGCAGCGUCGGCGGCGGCGGCGGCGCCACACGCGUCGCAGCGCGGCCGUCGCGCGCCCGCGCUGCCGCCACUGCCUGAGACCCGGUCGCUGGGGUCGUCGGGUGCGCAGCUGCCGAAGCUGCCGCUGACUGCCCCAGCGGCGGUGGCGCCGGCGGCGGCUGGCGCCGGCGGCGCACCUUCCGCUCCCUCCUCGACGGCGCCGUCUCAGCUGUUGGGCGCCUCAGUGGUGUCGCUGCGGAUGCUGGCAAAGGGCGAGGACGGCAGUGCCAGCGGCGGCGGCGGCGGCGGCGGUCCUCGCGUGCCGUCACGCGCCGCUUCGAUCGAGGUUUCCGCCCCUGCCGCCGUAGGCGCCGCAGCCGCAGCCGGCGAUGGUGGCAUGAACGGCGGCGGCGGUGACAGCGGCGCAGGCGGCGGCGGUGGUGUGGGCGGUCUGAUGCUGGCGGUGGUGAAUGCGCUGGUGCGGCAGGGCGAGGAGAUGCGCGCGGCGCUGGCGGCGCAGGCGGCGCAGCAGGCCGCGCUGGCGGCCAGCCUGGACGCCCUGCUGGCCUCCGGCGCGCGCGGACCCGAGCUGCGAGCCAAGUUCAAGGCCGCCGCCGCCGCGGCAGCUGCAGCAGCAGCAGCCAGCAACGGUGCGGAUGCCAACGGCGCGGCAGCUGGGCCGAACACGUCGCCGCGGCCGCCGGCGCCAGUGGCAGCGCCGCCGCGGCCGUUGGGUUUCGGCGCGGGGCUGCUGCAGGUGCCGCUGUCGUUCUCGCUGGGGGCCGGCGGCCCGGCCCGACUGGGCUUCGGCAGCGGACCCGCAGCCGCCGCCACCACCGGUGCCGGUCUCGGCGCGGUGGCGGGCGAGGCGGCGGAGGGUCGGCGCCACGUGGCCCGCCGCACCAAGCAGCACCCAGGCGCCGCCCCCACCCGCAGCCGCGGAUGGGGCGCGCGCCGCCGCGCCGCCGCCGCCGCCGCCGCCAGCAACGCCGCCGCGCCGUCAGCUGCAGCCGAGGGCGCCGCGGCGCCGGGCGACGGCGGCGCCGCCCGCGGGACGCUCAAUCAGCGAUCGCGGCUGCUGCGUAUGCCUAGCGGCGGCGCCGCACUGUCGGGCGAAAGGACAUCGGCGGCUGCGGCUGCGGCCGCAGCGGCGGUUGCGGCUCGCGCCGCCGAGCCUGAUGUCGAGGCUCCAGCAGUUGCGCCGGCGGCGGCGCCGGCGGCUGGGCUGCGGGCGGGGCUCGCGGCCUCUGCCGCGCCGCGGCAAUGGGUGCCGGUAGUGCAGGCGGAGGCAAGUGCUGCGGGAGGCGUGUCGGCUGGCGCAGUGGACUCUGGAUCUGGCGGCGGCGGCGGCGGCGGCGGUGGCGGCGGCGGGCUGCUGCAGCUGUGGCAGCCGGACGGUGUGGUGCGGCAGCGGUCGCUGCGGCAGGAGUCCAGCCUCGUGCGGGGCGAGUCGGCGACCGAGCUGGGCGGCAGCGCCGGUGUGCUCCAGCCGGAGGACAGCAGUGCAGCCCUGGCGGCGCUCUACCCGCCCACACGCCGCCGCGCCAUCGCCGGCCCCACUGCCGGCGGCUGGGAGGGCUCGCCUCCCGCCUCGCCCUCACAAGCUGCCACCUCGCCCUCCGGGUCCCAGGCUCCCACCUCGCCCUCCCAGGGUCGUGUGCUCCCGCCCCUCAAGCGAGUGCCACUCCUGCCCGCUGCAUCGCCGCCGACCUCCCCGCCUGCCGCCACCGCCGCCGCCGCACAAGCAGCCCCGGCUGCGUUCACGGCAGCAGUAGCACCCGCUGCACCCGUGCCGGUGGCGGCAGUAGCAGCAGGUCCGGCGGCUGCUGACAAGCCGGUCGCGGUGCCUGUCGUGUCGGCCCCCCCACACGCCCCGCCCCUAGCUGCUGCCGCGCUGAUGGCAGUAGCGGCGGCUGCGGCCGGUGGCGCUGCAUCAGCGCCUCCUGGCGAUGCGGCGCGCAGCGGCAGUAGCACGCAGGUGCCGUCGUCUGUAACCGUAGAACCAGCAGACCCCAUUGAGUCACUCUACCCGCCUGCCCGCCGCCGCGCCGCUCCUCCAGCACCUCCUGCGAUGCCAUCCGUACCCGCUCACGCCCCCCUGUCCGCAGCCACGGCUGUGGCGGCGGGGCCGCCCGCGCAUCCGACUCCACACGGCGCCGGCGGUGCAGCGGGUGUGAUAAACGCGCCGCCGCCUCAUCCGGCCCCCGCAGCGCCAACGCCACCUGGACCUGCGCCCGCAGCUGCAGUCGUAAGCCACCAGCAGCAGCAGCCGACGGAGGAGGAGGCGCUGUCGGAGUUGUACCCUCAGGCGCACCGGCGGCGGCGCCAGGGCUCGGCCACGGAAGCAUACCCGCCCACCACAGGGCAGCAGCAGCCGCAGCCGCCCCCGCCUCAGGUGCCGCCGCCGCCUGCACCCGCAACCUGCGCAGACUUUGCAGGCGUCGCGCCAGUUGCAAUUGCAGCGAACUCCGCCGCAGCGGCGGCGGCGGCAGCCGUGGUGACCGCACGCGCAGUUGCCCUGGAUGGCGAGGCCUUCCUGCUCAGCCCCGCAGCUCCGACCCAGCAGUCAUCGCCGCCUCAGCAGCCCCACCAGCGCUCCAUGGCGGCAGAGGCGGCGGAGGCGGCGGAGGCGGAGGCAGCGGCGGAGGUAGGCGAUGACGACUGGGCGGCGGCGGCAGCCGCUGCGGCUGCGGCGUCAGUGUCCGCGGCAGGCGACUGGUCGUCACCGGUGGCCGUUGGCGGCCCGGCCGUGGUGCAGUCACCGCCUCGCGCGGUGGAUGCGGCUGCCCGCGGUGGUGAUGGUGGUGAUGGUGGUGCCGCGGCAGGCAGUGGCGUGUGGAGCCCGCUCGCGGGUGCCGGCGUGGCGAGCCCGUCAGGGGCUGGCCGGCAGGGCGCGGGGUUUGGCGCUGGGGUGGGUGGCGGCAGUGGUGGCGGCUGCGGCCCGAGCUCGCCUCUGCCCGUCCCGUCGCCCAAGCAGCGCGUGCGAGGUGCCGCGGCUGGCUCCGGCCUGCAGCCGCCCCCGGGCGCCAGCUAGGCUUCUAAGCAAACCGGCAUUUUUUAAUGAGGCCGCACGUGCGGUUUGAACAAGCUCACUGACUAUUGCUUGCCACGACUGGCCACCAAAGGCGUGACGUGGACUACACUGUGUGCGUGUGCAUGUGAAACACUGCAAGAUUGGUUGUCUGGGAGCAGGACUGGCGGCAACAGCUUGAGGUGAUGUUGGGAAGGCGCGAUGGUGCUACUAUAUGCUUGGUGUAUGGGUUGUUGCGUGUGCGUGAGCUGACCUAGUAGAACUGUCCAUACCCGCCUGCAUGUGUGCGCAUGCCAUCGGCAUCAUUACCAGGCAUUGACCGAAGGCCGAUGCUUUGCAUUGCUCUCCGCCUUGUUACGACCUCCGCGCCUACGCGUGCCGAUGAUUUAUCAAUUCUUGUGUGCUGGGUGCCCGUUCAGGGGGGGGGGGUUACUUGCAUGCGUUCCUGCGCGCAUUGCUCACGGCCUGGGACAUUUGGGUAAAAUGACAUCUGGUACGGUAUUCAUGCAUUGUGCGAGCCAGUUGGCGCAUCGUGCUGUACGUGUGCACGUGUGUGCAAAAGUCAAGGGGUUUUGGCAUUGGCUGCAUGGGCACCGCUUGGUGGGCUGCAGCAGGCCUUAUGUGAGGGCGUCCCACUCACCGUGUUGCCUGCUGUACAACAGUGACAACGCAAGUGCUAACGCAGGCUUUUUGGACAUGAAACCAGCAGGGGGGGGGGUAGGAAACAAAGUGCCAGACCCCAUGCCCCGACAUCCCCCGGGACCCCCCCUUGAGGGGACGACCGACCCCCCACGGACAAAAACUUAUUGUUUAGGGGUAAAACCCCUCCAUAAAAUACCAAAGUGGUGCCAAUCGACUCCUCUUGACGAGCACUAUCACUCCGUGCCAUCAGCGGUCCUGUUCUGAGACUUCGGUCACGGGCGGGAUCCUAUCCAUUGAAUUCCCCUCGACCCAGACCACCCCCCAUGGAAGUCUCUGCCAUGUGAUGUAUGGACUGUGUGCAUCGGCAGCCUUGUUGAAUUUGAAUGCAUGCGCACCUGCGCUUGAGUGCGCCGCCAUGUCAGUGCGCAUUUUGUCGCAUGUAGGGCACGCAUGUAGGGGCAUGUGCCGACACGUCCACGCCCG